CCGGGGUUUACCAUUCUAGAGUGUUCGUCGCUUCGAGCCCUUCUCUUUUUCUCUCUCUAUCUCUCUCCCCUCCAUUAUUAUAUCUUUGUUAGCACCGCAGGUCAAGCAAUUAAUCGAUCCAUCUCUUUUUCUUUCUGAUCGAAGUGUUUUUGAAUCGUUUCGUCUCUCCAGAGUUCUUGUGUCGAUUCCUGUAAUGGCGUCAGAUCUGGAAAUUAGGGCUAAGGAGGCGUUCAUCGACGACCACUUCGAACUGGCCGUUGACCUCUACUCCCAGGCUAUCGUUGUGAGCCCUAACAACGCUGAGCUCUUGGCCGACCGCGCCCAGGCCAACAUCAAACUCCAAAACUUCACUGAGGCUGUUGCUGAUGCCAACAGAGCAAUUGAAUUGGACCCUUCUUUGGCCAAAGCAUACUUGCGUAAAGCCAUGGCCUGUAUCAAGCUGGAAGAGUAUCAGACUGCUAAAACUGCCUUAGAAGCAGGUGCUUCUUUAGUACCAGGAGAUUCAAGAUUCACUAAGAUGAUCAAAGAAUGUGAGGAACACAUUGCAGAGGAAAAUGGCGAGUUACCAAGGCAGUCAUUGGAGAAACCUCCUGUUGAAUUGACAGACAAAAUUGUUGAAAUUUCAGAAGAUGCUCAACCAGCAGCACCAUCAUCCAAACCAAAAUACAGGCAUGAAUUUUACCAGAAACCCGAGGAAGUGGUUGUUACUAUAUUUGCAAAGGGCGUACUACCAGAAAAUGUUUCUGUCGACUACGGUGAACAAAUACUUAGUGUCACCAUUGAUGUUCCUGGUCAAGAUACCUACAAUUUUCAGCCUCGUUUAUUUGGAAAGAUAAUACCGGAAAAAUGCACGUUUGUAGUCUUGUCUACAAAGAUUGAAAUUCGCCUAGCCAAAGCUGAGGCCAUACAGUGGACUUCUCUUGAAUUCAACAAGGAAAAUGCUCUUGUACAGAGGGUAAAUAUAUCAUCGGUUACUCAAAGGCCUGCAUACCCUUCCUCAAAGCCAACAAGAGAUUGGGAUAAAAUGGAAGCCCAAAUGAAAAAGGAGGAGAAAGAGGAAAAGUUGGAUGGAGAUGCAGCUUUGAACAAAUUUUUCCGGGACAUAUAUCAAGAUGCUGACGAGGACACAAGAAGAGCCAUGAAAAAAUCUUUUGUUGAAUCGAAUGGGACAGUGCUCUCAACAAACUGGAAAGAAGUGGGGUCGAAGGUGGUGGAAGGAAGCCCUCCAGACGGCAUGGAGUUGAAGAAAUGGGAAAUUUAGACUUUUGGCUCCCGCCUGGAAAGUAACUGUAAUUUGGGCUGUGGAAAUUUUGUUUGCGUUUUAGUCUGUUUAUGGUGUGUUCUAGAACCCAAAUUUCUAUCAUAUGCAGACCUUCAAAGUGUGUGGUGUGUGGAUGGUCCUUUGUCUAGUCCCCUAGAUGGUGUGUUCUAAUGGGUCGUUCGCUAAUGAUGUUUUGUACUGUUUUUUGUGUUCCUGUUUGAAUAAUUUUUCAGAACAUUUUAUUA